AUGAUACCCAGCAUCAGACAGUGGACUUGGUACAUUCUCGAACGUUUCGCCAACAUCAUAGUCGGCAUCAUUAGUGAGUUUUGCCAUUCUCCGAACUCGUCAAAGAGACAAGUGAAACCAAUCUUUGUCUCACUGACGAGUUCGUGGGUUGGUGUUAGAAUGGCGGCACUCACUGAUGAUGCCGACUACGAUGCCGGCGAUACGUUUGAGAAUGUACCAAGUCCACUGUCUGAUGCUGGGUAUCAUGACAACUACUAUGGCAGACGACUUCGGACUAGGUGCGUUCUACAUAGUCGCCCUGACGACAAGACAAAGUUGCGACAAUGA